CUUAGGAAGAAAUCAGUGCUGGAGGGAGCAGGCAGUUUUGCAUCAUCCACACCAAGAGAAGGUUUGCUGCAGAACUUUACAUUGUGACUUUUUGGAGGCAACACAAUGGCUACAGGGGAAGAAACAAACAAGUCCCAUCUGGAGCGACUUAGCAGCAACAAUUCCAUAUUGAGCUUCUCAUCGGUGGGCUCAGACAUCCUGUCCACAGCCACCACUGCCAACUGUGAGAUAGCUCUGCUACCCCUGAAACUGCUCAUAGAUCUGCAAUCCAACUACCUGACCCUGGAGGAUGACAUGCUGACCUCUAAUAACGGCACAGGAGGCUUCAACCUGUUUAGUGACGGCUCUGCCCUCAUUGAUGGUUGUCAAUGCAAGAUUCAUAAUUAUAUCCAGAGAAAAGUCACUCUACGCAGUCAUGCAGAUUAUAAGGAUUACAGAGAAACAUUGUUGGCAAAACCCAUGUUAUUUAUAACAAAUGCCAAAAAAGUCAACAGCACCUCUACCUCAGCUAAAACAUUUGCCGUCAUUGUAAAUACACGACAUCCACAGAUCAGAACCAGGCUGGAAGCUGGAAUGAACGAUGUUAUAUCCUCCGUUAUGGGAGAAAAUUAUCAACUACAGUUUAACCUUUACAAUGACGUAAGAGAGUACCUUCAGAGGCAAAACUUUGUCCUGACAGAAGACAACCUGAGUUUUUCAUACACUUUCAAGCUUGAUGUCCUUGUGGAUUUCUUCUACUGGUUUGGUCUGAGCAAGAAAACGUGCGAUUUGCACGGGAAGAUUCUGAACCUGCACUGUACAAACAAUAGCAGGAAAGAAAAAGUGAGACUGUUCCUGUCAAAGAUGACCACACCGUUAAUCAGACUAGGCAGCAGUUUGGAUCAUGAUCGGAGACCAAGUAUAUUCUCUUUGGACAUAAUCACCGAAGAUCCUUUUAUGCAAGAAGAAGAUGUCACCGAUACGGCCCCUGUUCUGCAGCUGAGCUCAGAAAUAGAACAAGCUGGAUAAACACUAAGCUGAAUGCACAGAGAGGACAUUAUGGCUAAUAUUGAAAUUAUCCUAAAACUGGCCAACUGGCUUUGAGGUUACAGAUUUUCUUUAGUUAACGUUUUAUGUUACCGACAAAGUCGAGGCAGUUCAAUUAGGCACAACCAUUACUGAUCAACUUGGUCUGAAAUGAUCCAUCAGAAGUUUCGGACUAUGUCAGCAGUCACCAGCCCUGACACACCUACACGCCAGGGUCCAUUUCAGAAACUUGUUUGGUGCAGUAACCCUGGUAUUGGGUAAACUUUUCUUUUUUUUCCACCCUGUAUUCACAUCAGUAAGUGGGUAAUUCUGGGAGAGGGUUUGUGGUGUGUACUUUUCAUAAACCGAUAAACCAUGUUGUAUUAUAAAAGCACUUAAUGGGGUUGUCUGCUUUGGAUAACCCCUCUUUAUUAGAAGAGUUUCUCUAAUGAUAAGGUGAUCACCGGGCGUCUUCCUGCAGAGUUCCAUGAUAUCAUCUGUGGGGAGAUCAGGCAGCAAGUGUUUCAUUUCCCUACAGUGCCCCUACAGGGGAAAUUAAGCAUUACAAAAUGCACAUUGAAUGCACUGCCAGCAUAAUGCAAGGAUAAGCAGAAUCCUGUAAAUUGAGAGACGCUCUGUGUAGGGAGGGUUAUAUUCAUAUGUCCAGGGACCCCCCCCCCCCCCCUCUAUUAUUUUCGUAUGCCAUAAGAGGUAAUAUUACUUUUCAUUUAGAUUAUCAAACUGCACAAACUUAAAUAUGAAAAUCUUUGUUAAGUAACUUUUUAAAGCAAAUAUACAGUGACAAUAUAUUGCACUUCUGAUUUUCUAACCCCUUGGUGACAUCUGCCGCCCAGAGUGACCAGGAUCAGAGAUAACUUUAAACCCAGUCAUUAUUUCAUCCCAUAAAUUAUAACAGUCUAUGGUAUAAGCAAUUGGAUGGUGGCAUGUUCAAGUUCCCUAGACUAAAAGUAAAAAAAAUAUAUUUUUUUAAAUAUACCUCCCAUUCAACGUAUUAAAAAUUCAAAUCAUUCUCUUUUCCCAAUUUGAUAUAUGAAGAUAAACAAUUAAAAAUAACAUACUGUCCGACAAUGUCUAAACUAUUAAAAUCUAAAAGUGUUUAUCCUUCAUGUGGUACAUCUAAAUAAUCAAUUUUUGGUCACCUUUGAAGAAAAAGUGAUAAAAAAAAUCAUAUGCAUCCAAAAAUACAGGAAAAACUUGAAAAAAUUAGACUAUCAUGCAAAAGUCCAUUUAUUUCAGUAAUGCAAA